AUGCCCCCAAAGCCACGAACCACCAUCACAGACACAGACAAAGACGCCAUCUCUUCCUCGGGAAUUACAGUCAAUGCCCUGACCGGCGAACGCCACAUCCCAGCCUCCAUUCGCCCAGAUGGCUCCCAGCGCCGCGAAAUCAAAGUUCGCCCAGGUUAUCGCCCUCCAGAGGAUAUCCAAGUCUACAAAAACCGCACAGCUGAGGCAUGGAAGAAUCGCGGGAAGGGAGCUGGUAUCCCCGGCGCAGAAACCUUAAAUGAUGAAUCUCCUGAUGCUCCCACGGCUAUAGCUGCGAGGAACAAAAAUGCGAAGAAGCGCGAGGCGAAGAAGAGGGCUAAGGCUGUCGCAAGUGAUAAUGUUGCGUCGAUAAAGACGGAAGGCGGAGUUGGGGGCAAGGCUAUGGAGAAGGACAACUGGAGGGGAAAAGGGGAGGAACAUGAUGUCGCUGCUGUUGCUCCUGAUGCUGUCGUGGAUCCUGAAGCUGAAAAGGAGAAGAAAGCCCGCAAUCUGCGCAAGAAGCUGAGGCAGGCCAGGGAGCUGAGGGAGAAGAAGGACAAUGGCGAGAAUCUGCUACCCGAGCAGUUUGAGAAGGUUAUCAAGAUUCAGGAACUGGUGAGGCAGUUAGAUGCGUUGGGGUUUGAUUCGGACGGGGAGAGGAAGAAGGAGGCUGUAGGCCCGUGA